CUUCCUUUCUCUCUUACCACACUCGGCGAACAAAGGACAAAAAAGUUUCCCAAGCUUCGCAAACCUGCGGGCUUGGGCUUCGUUCCGAGACUCCCAAGACCUCCAAGACUUUGCUACACCCCGAAUCCAGCCAUGCCGAGAUAUCCUUGGCCUUGGAGCUGAUGGCUGCCCCCACUGCUCAUCCUCCUUUUCUCAUGAGCACCAUCGAACGAAUGAGCUCCUUCACAGCGCAGUCGCAGCACUACACGUGCAGGAAUGGGCCCGUCCCGGUGGCAGCAUCCCGCAGUGUUUGCUGGAACAAUUCCUGAGCGGCCAAGGGAAGACGAGAGACCUUGUUCGGUAACGCUUCCAGCUACCGGCAUCGGCCGGUCUGUCCAAUAUUUACUUUGCUACACAGUGUUUCCAACGGCAUCUUUCGAUAUACGGUUACGUUCUUGGCUCUGGUCAGGCUGGUAACUGGUCCGAAGCUGCUGGCACCUGAGAAUACCCACACACAUGGUUUCUCCCAAGGGCAUACAGCCAAACAGCCAGUGUCAAUGGCAGCACGUGGGACGCCGUUCUCCAAAGAUCUCUGCCUAGGUGCACACCGUGCACAUCCCUGAACUUGCCUGGGCUGGACGUUGCAGUGGACGGGGCCGCCGUCGCUUCGAGAUUUCGCAACCAGCGCCAAUUUAUCAGCCCUGAUGCAAUGAUGGGUGGAAUCAUGCAUCAGUGGUGUGAGGACACCCCCUAGUCGUUGCUGCAUCCUUUGCGUUCCAUUUGGUCGUCCGGGGGCAAACUAGGCUGCGUAGGUGCAGUUUAUAAAAUACACUCGCAUGCCUCAUCGGCUCGGGGUUUUCUUCAUUUCUCUGGUUCUGCAUCCCAAGCUAGCCUCACGGGCGUUGCGAACAAACUGAUCCUUGAGACGGCAGGUCAGCUCUUCAUCGACAAGAGACUUUGGUUCUUUUCUCGACAAAUCCCAUCUUUUCGAAUCAACCUCGAGUGCGCCGCGUUGUGCGCAGCUGAUCGUAAAGAUGCCUCUUCACCAGUUUGAUUACAUCUUUGCCAUUGGCACCAUCUUUGCGUUCCUCGAUGCGUGGAACAUUGGUGCCAACGAUGUCGCCAACUCCUGGGCUACAUCGGUCUCAUCCCGAUCCGUUACAUACAUCCAGGCUAUGAGCUUGGCUUCCGUUCUCGAAUUUGCGGGGUCAAUUGGUGUUGGUCAGCGUGUCGCAGACACUAUUCGUACCAAGGUUGUCCCGCUUGAUCUUUACAAAAAUAACCCCACGGUCCUUAUGCUGGGUAUGGCUUGCGCCAUCGUUGCUUCGUCCCUCUACCUCACACUCUGCACGAGGGUCGGUCUGCCCGUUUCCACUACUCACUCUAUCAUGGGUGGUGUUAUUGGUAUGGGUGUAGCGACUGUUGGAGCCAACAACGUCAUCUGGUACGACGCCAAGGGCGGAAUCAACAAUGGCGUCGUCUCCGUUUUCCUCGCUUGGAUCAUCGCACCUGGUCUCUCGGGCGCGUUUGCUGCCAUCAUCUUUACCAUUACUAAAUACCUGGUCAUGCUCCGCCAAAACCCGGUUCUCUGGGGCCUGAUGACUGUUCCUGUCUACUUUGGCAUCACUGCAGGGCUGCUCACCAUGCUUGUUUGCUGGAAGGGAGGCUCUAUCGACCUGGAUGACUGGAGUGAUCCUCAGCUCAGUGGCCUGAUUGUUGGUGUCGGUGCUGCCUGGGGUCUUCUGAUGGGUAUCUUCCUCGUUCCCUGGCUGUACCGCAUCGUUGCCAAGAACGACUGGGAGCUCCGUUGGUACCACAUUUUCCAGGGUCCCCUUCUUUUCAGGCGCCCCGAGCCCCCUGUUCAGCCCGAGGGUGCUUCGGGCGGCAUCCGUAACUUUUACGAGGGACACCUGACCCAAGAGGAGCUUGAGGCCCAGCGCGCUGCACAGCAGCAGGAUGUCGAGACUGGUGUGGUCAGCGCCACCAACAACGACGAGAUCGCCAACGAAAAGACCACGGAGGAUACCUCUAGGAAGAUUGCACAUACCGACUCCGACUCUGGCUCGCACAACAACAACAACAACACCUCUGCCGCAGAAACGGCUACCCAGCCCGGUGCGCAACCCGGAUAUCAGCACAAGGCGCUUGUCGGUCCCAGGCCCGAGGGCAGCUGGCACUCUGGUCCGGUCAUGUUCUGGUUCCUUAAGAAAAUCUUCCUCAGCGGUGUUGACCAAGACAUUAUCAACAUGCAAAAGAAGAAGAGCAUGCUUACUGGUGACCUAGAGAAGGUUCACGCCGGUGUCACCCACUACGACAACAAGGCCGAGUACCUCUACUCCUUCAUGCAAGUCAUGACUGCCUGUACCGCCUCGUUCACUCACGGUGCCAACGAUGUCUCCAACGCUAUCGGCCCCUACGCUACCAUCUACAACAUCUGGCAAUCCGGUGCCAUUGAGGGUAGCAAGUCAGCUGUUCCGUUCUGGAUUCUCGUUUUCGGUGGUGUCGCUAUCAUGAUAGGUAUCUGGACAUACGGAUACAACAUCAUGAGGAACUUGGGUAACCGCAUCACCCUGCACUCGCCUUCUCGUGGUUUCUCUAUGGAGUUGGGAGCUGUUUGCACCAUCAUCCUGGCCACCCGUCUCAAGCUCCCUGUAUCCACCACUCAGUGCAUCACUGGCGCCACCGUCGGCGUCGGUCUCUGCUCUGGUACCUGGAGGACCAUCAACUGGCGCAUGGUGGCCUGGAUCUACAUGGGUUGGUUCAUUACCCUCCCCGUCUCUGGUAUCGUUUCCGGCUGCCUUACGGGCCUGAUCAUCAACGCUCCUCGCUGGGGUUACUCUGGUUAAUUGACCGGGACUUUGAUCGCCUUGGGCCACCCGAUUCUUUCUUUCGUUCACAAAAGCUUCCACUGGCUUCAAAUUUUGCUCUGUCCGUCUUCGAGUUCGCACUCAUUCAGGAUUUCUAUCCGGACAAUGUACCCUCUAGACUCUUAAUACAAAUACCCUCAUUUUGUCGACAUUUUGAUCGAACCUAUCUAAACCGUGACUGUGCAUUCAAAGAAGCUAUGUGGACAGGUGCACGGAGGUAUCUCUCA